AUGGCUACUGCUUCCCUAACACAGCUACUGUUGCAGUAUGGAGAGAUGUACUCUUAUGAGAAUCGACUAAAAACAUUUUCAGAGUGGCCAUUUAAAGACAAUUGCAAGUGUACACCUGAAAAUAUGGCCAAGGCUGGCUUCAUCCAUUGUCCAAGUGAAAAUGAACCAGCUGUGGUAAAGUGCUUCUUCUGUUUAAAAGAGCUUGAAGGAUGGGAACCUCAAGAUGAUCCAUGGCUAGAGCAUGUACAUCGAACUAGUUCAAAUCCCUGUGGAUUUGUGUCUCUGCAGAAGGAUGUAGAUGAAUUGACCAUGGAAGAAUUCUACAGGCUGGAGCUUGAGAGAGCAUGUUUUAUGUUACAAUAA